AUUGUGGUAAAUUCUUCGUAGCGACACACACACAAGGUACUCAAGAAGUGCCGCGAACCUGACUUGGCACUUUGCGGUUAAUUAUAAUUGUUAUUAUAAAAAAGUCUCGUGUAAAAAUUCAAUAUUACUGGUGCGGCGUAUUCGUCUACUGCAGUCAUAUACGACGAAUAAACAUGCCUCAAUAUAUAAUUAAAGUGAAAUGGGGCAAAGAACUCUUUUCUAAUGUAGAAGUGAAUACUGAAGAGGAACCGAUGUUAUUCAAGGCACAGCUUUUUGCCCUGACCGGAGUUCAACCAGGGAGACAGAAAGUCAUGCUGAAAGGAAUGACAUUGAAGGAUGAUGAUUGGGGCAAUCUAACACUGAAAGAUGGUGUCACGGUACUUAUGAUGGGUUCCAAAGAAGAAGAUGUACCUACAGAACCAACAGAGAAGCCGCUAUUCUUGGAGGACAUGAAUGAAGCUGAGUUAGCUACAGCUUUAGAUUUACCAGCUGGUUUACUCAAUCUAGGAAACACGUGCUAUCUGAAUGCAACGGUGCAAUGUUUAAAGAGUGUACCCGAGUUGCGAGAAUCUUUGAAAAUGUUCCCAGGUGGUUGGGCGGCAGCUGCGACUCUGUCGUUACCUGCACAGAGUAUAACAGCGGCUUUGAGAGAUUUGUAUGACAAUAUGGAUAGGGGGACGUCUAGAGCUCCUCUUGUUUUGGUUCAAAUGUUGCAUUUAGCCUUCCCGAGAUUCGCGGAGAAAACCGAGCAAGGCGUGUUUCAGCAGCAAGAUGCUAAUGAAUGUUGGACAGAGUUGAUCAGGAUGUUACAACAGAAAUUACCUGCGAAGGAUAAUCCAGAUGUAGCCGAAAAUGAUACUGAAGCUUCCAAACCACAAUCAUUCAUCGAACAAUAUUUUGGUGGCAUAUUUGACUUUGAAUUGAAAUGCAUCGAAUCCGAAGAUGAACCAGCAACUACUGGGAAGGAAGAAUUCUUGCAGCUGAGUUGUUUCAUUUCGACCGAUGUCAAACACAUGUACUUUGGACUUAGAAACAAAAUGCAAGAGCAAAUCACAAAAAUGUCCCCGACACUCGGAAGAAAUGCCGUUUACACAAAAACGUCAAAAAUUAGCAGGCUACCAGCGUAUUUAACUAUACAGUUCGUACGAUUUUACUACAAGGAGAAGGAAGCGAUUAAUGCGAAAAUUUUAAAAGAUGUUAAAUUUCCUCUGGAAUUUGACGCUUUUGAAUUAUGCAGUCCCGAGUUGCAAAACAAACUCACUCCAAUGCGUGAAAAAUUUAAAGAAUACGAAGAUUCCAUGAUGGAGGAAUGUAAUGCGAAGGAUAAAAAGGAUAAAGAAGACAGUACAAAGAAGAAAAUGAAGCAAGAGCCAUUCUGGUUUAAGAACGAUCUGGGCUCGAACAAUAGCGGCUACUAUAAAUUACAAGCAGUUUUGACGCACAGAGGACGUUCCAGCAGCAGCGGUCAUUACGUCGGUUGGGUACGGCAAAAGGGUGACACGUGGAUGAAAUGCGACGACGACGUUGUCACGGCCGUCACCAGCGAGGAAGUUCUGAAACUCAGCGGAGGCGGUGAUUGGCAUUGCGCCUACGUUCUUCUGUACGGUCCGAGAAUUCUAGAAAUACCUGAUACGGAGAACAACAGCGAGGCUUAACUGUCAUAAUGAUCCAUUUAAAACGAUGAAGAAAAAUACGCUAGACAAGAAAUCGCUUGCGUUGCUAGCUCUGUAUGAAUACCCACUUGUUUUUUAUUGACUAAUAUGACGGUGUCGUUAAAGCAUCGUUCCUGUGCUACAAUGUUAUCUCAUGUGCAGGCAAUAUUUGUAAUUUGAAUAAUAUCUUCAAGGACACAAACGAAUAACUUUGUUUAGAGUUUGGCUGUGUUUGAGAGCGCUGCGUCGCGCGUUGCAUUAUAAUGUACAGGAUGUGCUGCUCAUAUAUGUAUGUCAUAAAAAAGUCACAUAUUCUACACAAAAAACGAAAAGUCCUUUAGGCUGGGAACACAGUAAAACAUAAGCAGUAAGUAAAUUGAUUAACCACAGUUGAUGAUUCUUUUUACAGUUAAAGAAUAACAAAUUGUGACUGGUCAAUUUUCUUAUUGCUUGUUUUUUGUGUCCAGACCUUUGCAGUUUUUGGAUAUUUAGAUAUUAGUCUAGCAAAAAACUACCGAGUGUGAACUAUAGUGUUUAAUGGGAGAAAUUAUUUAAGCUUCACUUUGCGCAAUAUCUAUCAAUGUUAAAAAUAAUGUAAUGUUAAAAACUAACUUUUCGACUAAAUCUUUUUUGCAGAAUA